UCGUGUCUUCCGGGUCGCAAACGGAAGUGGGCAGAAUUUGAAUUCUGCGAGCCGUUGGAUGGGGCUGAGCCGGGUGGGCGUACAACACCGCCGCGCUAGACCUGAGCGGUAACGCAGCGGUGACCCUUAGGACUCCAGCUCCGCGCCUUGUAAGAUGAAUGAAAAUAAACCUGAUAAUUCAAAAAAUCUUGCUUGUUGUAUUUUCUGUCGAAAAAGUGAUGACUGUCCUAAUAAAUAUGGAGAAAAGAAGACUUAUGAGAAAUGGAAUUUCAGUGUCCAUUACUACUGUUUGUUAAUGUCAAGUGGGAUUUGGCAGAGAGGCAAAGAAGAAGAAGGAGUUUAUGGCUUUCUAAUAGAAGACAUCAGGAAGGAAGUCAAUAGAGCUUCCAAACUAAAGUGCACAGUUUGCAAGAAAAAUGGUGCUUCAAUUGGCUGUGUUGUACCCCAGUGUAAACGAAGUUAUCACUUGCCCUGCGGACUUCAGAAAGAGUGUAUUUUCCAGUUUACUGGCAAUUUCGCGUCAUUUUGCUGGACACACCGACCGGUUCAAGUCAUUACAGCUAAUAAGUAUAGAGACUCUUUACCAUGCACCAUCUGUUUGGAGUUUAUCGAGCCAGUUCCUACGUACAACAUAUUACAGAGUCCAUGCUGUAAGAAUGCUUGGUUUCACAGAGACUGUUUACAGGUUCAAGCAAUAAAUGCAGGAGUGUUUUUCUUCAGGUGUACACUAUGCAAUAACACUGACGUCUUUCAGAAGGAGAUGUUGAGAAUGGGAAUUCAUAUUCCUGAAAAAGAUGCAUCCUGGGAAUUAGAAGAAAAUGCGUACCAAGAGCUGUUGCAGAGCCAUGAUCGCUGUGAUGUUCGAAGAUGCCAUUGCAAAAAAGGGCGAGACUAUAACGAACCCAACAGCAAAUGGGAAGUAAAGCGUUGUCAGAGCUGUGGUUCUAGCGGAACACACUUAGCCUGUUCCUCACUACAGUCAUGGGAACAAAAUUGGGAGUGUUUGGAAUGUAGAAGAAUUACCUACAAUUCAGAUUUCCGAAAGGCCCCCAAACACCCACUAGCCAACUCUACUAAUGUGACAGUUACUGACUGCUUGUUGGAAGAGUCGUCACCUAAGCUCCCCAGACACUCAACUGUAGUCCAGCAUAAGGAACUACUGAGGCAAGACAGCAAAUUUAGGAGAGACAUUUCAACAAUAUUGAUAGAGUUAGGAUUCCAAAUUAAAAACAAAGCUAAGAGAUUAUACAUCAGCAAAGCCAAUGUUUGGAGGAGUGCCUUAGAUCAAUUCCAGUGUCAGAAGUUUAAUCCUUCACACACCAUUGAAGUAGUGUAUGUUUAUGGAAAUGAGUUUGGAAGAGACCGUCCUGGAUCACAGCAGGAAUUUCUGAGUCACUUAAUGCACCAUCUUGAGAAUUCAUCAGUGUUUGAAGGGUCCUUGGCAAAGAACUUGUCUCUAAAUUAUCAAGCUCUGAAAGAGAAUCAUUACUAUGAAGCUGGCAGAAUGAUUGCCAUUUCUUUAGUUCAUGGAGGUCCUGCACCUGGUUUCUUUUCUGAAACUUUAUUUAACUGCCUUGCUUACGGACCAGAAAAUACUCAACCAAUUUUGGAUGAUGUUUCAGAUCCUGAUGUGGCAAAAAUUAUAAUGAAAAUAAAUAAUGCAGCCAAUAUGGAGAGUUUAAACUCAAUAAUAAAUGAAUGCUAUAACUACCUAGAGUUUAGUCGAUGCUUAAGACUUACAACAACAUUAAGUGAUAAAUACAUUUUGGUAAAAGACAUUCUCUUCUUCCAUGUAAUUAAGAGAGUCGCAGCGCCCUUUGAGAGUUUUAAACAGGGUCUGAAAACACUUGGUGUUUUAGAGAAAAUUCAGACUUACCCAGAAGUGUUUUAUAACAUCCUCUGUAAUAAACCUGAGAAACUGUCUGCAAAAUCCCUUUGUGAGCUCUUCACAGUCCAUGCAUUCACAGAUGUACAAACUCUGAGGUUUUGGAACAGUUACCUAGAGGCUGUAGAGGGUGGUAAAUCUGCAACAACAAUGGAAGACAUUCUUACUUUUGCAACCGGUUGUAGUUCCGUUCCUCCUGCUGGGUUUAAACCCUCCCCCUCAAUUGAAUGUCUACAUAUGGAUUUCCCUGUUGCCAACAAAUGUAAAAACCGUUUAACUCUACCAAUCUCCACCACAUAUAAAAAGUUUCAAGAAAAUAUGGAUUUUGCCAUAAGGGACUCUCUAAGGCUAGAAAAGGAAGAAAGAUCUCACACGCACUACCUUGGACAAUAAAUGUUUCUUCUAAUGAAGAAAUGCUUCUUUAAAUGCUGCUACUGAUAACAUUGUAUUAGUCAUCAAUUGAUAACUUUCUAUUAAUCAUGGCUUUUGAACAUUCUGGCCAGCUUUUUGGCCCUACAGAAUUUAUGGCUCUCAUAAAGGGAUGGCUUGGCUUCUGAACCACUGAAGUUUGUGUCAUGGCAUUUCAGUCAUAUUUGGUGAUAGUUUUCUAUUACUGUGCUUUUGUAUUUCACAGCUUCAAUAUGGAUAUUUUUAGAAUGGUUGUACAAACUGUUCAGCUGUCCAGGUGCUCAGCUAUAUUAGCGUGA